UUACAAUUACUGUUUCUUUGUUAGAAUUAGAACAGCAGGAGUGAAGGGUUUACAAGGAGUUGUUAAGAAGACAGCAUCUGAUGAGCUUCAAGUAAACAUUUGGGAAGCAGUCCACAUGGAUAAAAUAGUUCCGUCAUUACUGUACAAUAUGCAUGAUCCUGGAUUUGUGCCAGUGGACAUAGAGAGCCCCAAAGAUGAGGAGCUCCCUGCCCAGGUUGCAGAAACUGUGUUCAGGGAUCUCAUAUGUAGAGCUUCUUUUGGGAAUCUCAAGCCAGUGCUGAAACCUAUUCUCAUUCACAUGGAUAAUCACAAGUUGUGGACACCUCCUACAUUUGUAAUACGAGUCUUCAAAAUUGUCAUGUACUCUGUUCAGAUUAAGCCAGUGAGUAGAUUUAGCUUCUUUAAAUGAUGGAACUUAUGUUUGGCAGAAUCAUGAAUCUUUGCAUAGACAUGCAAUAAUAAUUCAAAGAUAUACAGGAAAUUAUUCACCGAAUUUACA